UGAGAGGUGCUGCCAAUGCUAGAGAUGAAGCUGCUCUUGGCCCUCGCCGGGCUCCUGGCCAUUCUGGCCCUGUCCCGGCCCUCUGAGGGUGCUGCUCCAGCUGUCCCGGGGGAGGUGGAGACCUCCGUGGUUGUGACCUGCAUGGAGGAGGCGAAGCGGCUAGUGGACAAGGCCUACAAGGAGCGACGGGAAAGCAUCAAGCAGCGGCUUCACAGUGGUUUGGCCAGCCCCAUGGAGCUCCUGUCCUAUUUCAAGCAGCCCGUGGCGGCCACCAGGACAGCUGUGAGGGCUGCUGACUAUCUGCACGUGGCCCUCAGCCUGCUGGAGGGGAAGCUGCGGCCCUUGUGGUCAAGGCCCUUCAACGUCACUGACGUGCUGACGCCCGCCCAGCUGAAUCUGCUGUCCAAGUCCAGCGGCUGCGCCUACCAGGACGUGGGGGUGUCGUGCCCCGAUGGGGACAAGUACCGCACCAUCACGGGCCAGUGCAACAACAGGUGUGCCUGCUGGGCCCGCGGGGGGGCUCGCGCCGUCUCCAACGCCAUCGUGCGCUUCCCCACGGAGCAGCUGACCCCGGACCAAGAUCGUUCGCUGCUGUUCAUGCAGUGGGGCCAGCUGAUUGAUCACGACCUCGACUUCACCCCUGAGCCGGCCGCGCGGGCCGCCUUCGUCAGUGGCCUCAACUGCGAGAUCAGCUGCGUGCAGCAGGCACCCUGCUUUCCGCUCAAGAUCCCACCCAAUGACCCUCGAAUCAGGAACCAAAGGGACUGCAUCCCCUUCUUCCGCUCCUGCCCUGCCUGCUCGAGCAACAACAUCACCAUCCUCAACCAGAUCAACGCCCUCACCUCCUUCCUGGACGCCAGCAUGGUGUACGGCAGCGAGGAUGAGUUGGCCAGGAAACUUCGCAACACGACGAACCAGCUGGGGCUGAUGAAGGUCAAUGACCGCUUCACAGACAACGGCCGGGCGCUGCUGCCCUUCGACAACCUGCACGAUGACCCCUGUCUCCUCACCAACCGCUCAGCGCGCAUCCGCUGCUUCCUGGCAGGGGACACCCGCUCCAGUGAGAUGCCCGAGCUCACCUCCAUGCACACGCUCUUUCUGCGGGAACACAACCGGCUGGCCACACAGCUCAAGCGCCUGAAUCCCCGCUGGGAUGGAGAGAGACUCUACCAGGAGGCCCGGAAGAUUGUGGGAGCCAUGAUCCAGAUCAUCACUUACCGGGACUACCUGCCCCUGGUGCUGGGUCCAGAGGCCAUGAGGAAGUACCUGCCCAGGUACCGCUCCUACAAUGACUCGGUGGACCCUCGGAUCGCGAACGUCUUCACCAACGCCUUCCGCUAUGGCCACACCCUCAUCCAGCCUUUCAUGUUCCGCCUGGACAGUCAGUACAAGCCCACGGGGCCCAACCCCCGUGUUCCACUCAGCCAGGUCUUUUUUGCCUCCUGGAGGGUUGUGCUGGAAGGUGGCAUUGACCCCAUCCUCCGGGGCCUCAUGGCCACCCCUGCCAAGCUGAAUCGCCAGAACCAGAUUGUGGUGGAUGAGAUCCGGGAGCGGCUGUUUGAGCAGGUCAUGAGGAUCGGGCUGGACCUGCCGGCUCUAAACAUGCAGCGCAGCCGGGACCACGGCCUCCCAGGGUACAAUGCUUGGAGGCGCUUCUGUGGGCUGCCUCAGCCCCAAACAGUGGGCGAGCUGGCCACCGUGCUGAAGAACAUGGACCUGGCGAGGAAGCUGAUGGCGCAGUACGGCACACCCAACAACAUUGACAUCUGGAUGGGCGGCGUGGCCGAGCCCCUGAAUAGCAGGGGCCGCGUGGGCCCACUCCUUGCCUGCCUCAUCGGGACCCAGUUCAGGCAGCUCCGUGAUGGCGAUCGGUUUUGGUGGCAGAACAGGGGCGUAUUCAGCACGCGGCAGCAGCAGGCCCUGGCCAAUGUCACCUUGCCUCGCAUCAUCUGCGACAACACAGGCAUCACCACCGUGUCCAAGAACAACAUCUUCAUGUCCAACAAGUUCCCUCGGGACUUUGUCAGCUGCAGUCGAGUCCCCAAGUUGGACCUGGCUUCCUGGAGGGAAAGGGAGUAGAGGCUGGGAGCUGCCUGGAGAGGAACUGGGGCACGUUGGCUCUUUUGUACCAUUUGUUUGUACCUGACACUUAUGAUAAUAAAGUAGCACUGAUGGGGAUCUUUA